AUGCUGGAUGUCAUUGACUUGGUGCUGUCACUGACCAUCAUGCGCAAAAUGCUGAGCAUCUUCUGGUUCAAGGGCAUGCAGAUGUUUUUCCUUCACACUUUCUCAAUCAUUAAGCUGGUGGAGCUGCUGACCAUGGCUCUCAACAAGUAUGUUGCCAUCUGCACCCCACAAGCUACAAGCUCCGUCCUGAGCAUAUCCCUGGUAGUCAAGAAUGGGCUGCUGGCUCUAGCCAGGGCACUGGGAUUGAUGUUGUCUCUGCCUUUUCUCCACUGUUGCCUGCCAUACUGCCACUCCUACUUCAUGGGAGUGGUGAAGCUGGCCUGUGCCAACACCAAGUUCAGUAACAUCAUCGUGGUUCUCUUCAUCAUGGAGUUGCAUCUGUGGUUCAUUGGGGUCUCCUGCCUCAAGAUCUUGAGGACCCUGUUGAAUCUGGUACUGAGGGAGAACAGACUGAAGGUAUGUGGGAUCUGUCACAUCUGCAUCAUUCUGGUCUUCUACACCCUUCUGGUUCUCUCAUCAGUCAUCCACAGCUUUGGUUGCCACGUUGCCUUUCACAUGCACAUCUUGAUGGCUAAUUUCUACCUCCCAUUCCCCACUAUGGUGUAUGGGGUCAAAACCAAGCAGACCCUUUACAUUUUUCUUUCAAGAGAAUCUAAAUUCUCACCCAUCCCAUCCACGGGACCAUGUACCGAUAUCCGUACAACUGCACAUGCAAAUCUCAGCCCGUGA